GUUGAGGGAGCUCAUACGCGUGUGAUGGGCUGAGCUCGCUCCGCGCAGAUGCGGAACCUCAUCGUCGUGGUGCCUGCUGCCCGCCCGGACCUGUUUAGCAGCGUUCCCAUUGGCUCUGUGCGCUGCCGAAGCGGGCCCCCUCCCCUCCCCUCCCCCGGUCGGAGCGUCGCGGCCAUGGGGGCCCAGGCGAUGCUCAAGACCCUGCUUUACACCGUCAACUCCCUGCUGCAGCGGCGCAGAUACCGCGCGGCGCUGGCCGUGCUCAAGGGCUUCCGGAACGGAGCGGUCUAUGGAGCAAAGAUCCGUGCCCCCCAUGCUCUGGUGAUGACCUUUCUCUUCAAGAGUGGAAGUUUAAGAGAGAAACUGAAAGCGAUUGCUCAGGCCACUUAUACUCAUUCCCGAAACCUGGCGUAUUUUGUGUUCACUUACAAGGGGCUGAUGGCGCUGCAAUCCCGACUACAGGGAAAGAACUUUCAGUUGCACUCCUUCGUAGCAGCCUGUGUUGGAGGCUGGUUAGUGUUUGGUGAAAACAAUCAUAUCAACAGCCAGAUAAACAUGUACCUGCUGUCUCGUAUUCUGUUUGGCUUGUCCCGACUGGCAGUGGAGAAGGGUUAUAUCCCAGAACCCAAGCAGGACCCUUUCCCGAUCUUUGCUGCUGUGACUUGGGGGAUUGUUCUGUGGCUCUUUGAAUAUCAUCGGCACACUCUCCAACCCUCUCUGCAAUCUUCCAUGACUUACCUGUAUGACGACAGUAACGUAUGGCACGACAUUUCUGACUUCCUUAUUUAUAACAAAAGCAACGCUCAAAAGUAAUUUGCUAAUCCCCAGCGAUCUUUGAAUAAUGGCACAUUCCAGCAACAAUGAGGAAAGGAUUUUCUGCUGCCCUUGAUUAACGCACUUUUUAUUAUUAGGAUCUGUCCAACAAAUUUCCCUCUUGUGUCUUGGCCAAAAUGUUGUGAAUAACCUAAUGAUCUUUUCUUGGCUCUCUAUUGGCCACACCGGGACUCCACAGAAACCUGUCCCAGUGCCACAACAAGAGCAAAAUGUUCCUGGAUUAAUUUGAUUUCAAAAAUUCUUUUCUACAAGAGACAUUAUGUUCCCCACAUUGUAAUAGUUAAUUCUUUUAAAGAAUGCACUGAUUUUAAACCUUGACGGCUCGAAAGUAAACUGUGACUAUAGUUUAUAUGAUACUGAAACAAAAUAUGCAGUAGGGGACUAAUGGAAUGCUCACGUGCUAGAAAUGCCUCUCACAACCACUGUGUUAGCAGUGGAAGGAAUGCAGUGAUUUCCAGCCAUACCUCUCUAUAUGUUGGGUCUUUUCUGAGCUGAUAUAUUUAUCUGUCAUCUGCUGUGUCAUGUCAGAAGGUCCUGAUUUCUGUGAAGCAUUGGAGAUCCAGACUAAACAAGCUGUGUUUCUUCAGUGAGUUUUCUGUGCAUUUUGCCCCCAUGUAGAUAAUAGGAUGUUUGCAUUUAAAAGCAUUUGGCUUCUUUGGGACAGACAUGGUACCUCGUGCUUUGAAUCACCAUUUAUGCUCAGUCUUUGUCAUUCCUUUGGAUUAUCUAGUGCAGGAUGUUUCACUAAUUAUUCCCCCUAUUUAAUUACAGCCCCUUUUUAUUUCUGUGCCUGGACUAUGAAUUCCAUACAGUAGAGAGAACUAACCAAAUCCAUUGUAAGAAGAUUUUACAAGCGAGGGAUUAAAAAGAGGUUGAGCCCCUGGUGUUACUUUUCCCUUCUGUCCCCUGGAAGGAGGAUAUAUCUGUGUAAAUUGAAGCUAUCUUUGGAUCUUAGCCAAAAGGUUAAUAUUUUACACUGGACCUAAUUAAGACCACUCCUUUAAUUGUUCAAACUACUAGAUCAUAUACUGAAUACUUGAGUUGGACCAGUGAUCAGUGUUUCAUAUGAUCCUUGGUUUGCAAGAAUUAGAAAAAAUAACAGAACUAGUUACUAUAUAAAAUCUAUCACUCAAUUAAAAAUCACAGUUUCAUGUUUUUUUUUUAAAUUUCUCAAAUUACAGGCAAAUUCUUGCUUCUUUAAAAUCACUGUCUUCAUCUACAUAGUUGGCUGAUAUCUUUGCAUUGCUUAUGUUUUGAAUGCUGCACUUUAAUUGGAAUUAAAGUGUCUUUGAUAAUGUUCAAAGUUCUCAGUGUAGAAAAAAAGAUUGCGUCUUUUGCUGACUCAUUGUGUGAUGAUAUUUUUUGACAAGAUUUCAGAAAAUCUCUUCCAAAUCUAUGACCUGACAGCUAUGGUAUAAUUGACCAAAAUCUUCAGAAAAAAAUUCUCAGGUUUAUAAAUUACCAUUGGGUUGCCUCAUUAAUUACAUACACUUGUAGAACAAGACACGAAGACCGCCACCUCUGUGAGCUGUGUCAUUAGAAGUCGAUAACUUCUUGAUUGUGUAAGACACUAACUUCUCAGUGUAAAAGCCAUGCUUAUUUCCCCUAAAAAACGUGAACUAAAAUUUCUGUUGGUGAUAAUUAUAUCAGAUCUGAAGCUCUAUAGUUACCUGCCAAACACUUGUAAUUGCGUGUUCGGCUGUUCAGAGAACUGCUUAUUGCUGUUCACCUGGUGAUUUUUAUGCUCUGGCAUUAUCAUCUCCAUCUCUUUCAUGACUGUAUAACCAAACUUCUGUCUGCUAGAGUUCUAGCAUCAUCUCAGCAGUACCUGCAAAAAUCCCUUCUCUCUAGGAAUCGAUUGCUAGCUUCACUUUCAUGGUAAAUCAAUAUGAGUCUCAAACCAUCUGCAGCUCUGAUUCACAGAGCCAGCUGCUGCCAUCAGAAGCCAAACUGGAAUUUCACCACAGUAGCAAGUUCUACAUAUCAGGGGCCAUUAGCUGUGCUUUUUAAAGAUGGUUGUUUUCCUGCUCUGUGUGGGUAGGACGUUAGGCUGCAAGUUACUCCCUUUUCCAGGGAAGUAAUUGGAACAAUUCUUCAUUGGUACCAGCACACAUCACUCUUACUAAAGCCAGAUAGAUGGCGAUGAAGCCCUUAUGCCCCUGAAGUGACAGAACAAUACCAGUGUGUAAUAGGGAAGUGAACUAGAAGUAAUUUCUGUCUGUUGCAGACUUCUGAAUACAUACGUUACAUUCAUCUCUCCCCACCCCCCACUGUAUUGUCUGGGGAAUUCAGUCUUCUGUUUCUUUUAUUAGCAUUAAAACCAAACAGAAAUAAGGAGAUAGUUGUGAAACCAUCUGCAAAACAGCCAGCCCCCAAGAAUGAGAAAGGGAGACACUGUUUUUCCAGUCCUGAUCUCUGUAAAUCAAAACAGACAUGAACACAAUUCACGUUUAUCACAACCCAAAGUUGGAUUGUUGCUUCUAACCAGGGGGAAAAAUUCUGAGAGGAACUUAACACCGCCUCACUUGCCCCGAUGUCAGGGAAGGUUCAGCACUGUGUGGGAUGAGACCUUGGCUUGCCAGGACUCCCUUGUAAACAAAGCUGUGCAGUAGCAGGUCGGUGUACCUCUGGGAUAUCAGUGGGCAGAACAAAGAGACAGAAGCUAGAGAACACUUUAAAUAUGAUACUUGCCCACUUUUCAAAGUUGGCUCAAAUCUUCUUCCCCAACUUGAUUCAAACUGUGAAGGAAACUAAACAUCUGAACCAUUUAAAUGCUCAGGAAAGCUAAAUAUCCUAACAUUACAUGAUUUAACAAUGUUUUCACAGACCAAGCUUUCUGUGAAGAAUGCUUCCAUCGACCUAGUUACUGUUGCGGAGGGAGGUAGUGUUCCUACACCGAUGGGGGAAAAAAACCUUCCACAUUAGUUUAGGCUGUGUCUACACUACGAGGUUAUACCGGAAUAAUUACAGUCCUGGGGUUGUACCAAUAUAGCCCCAUAGUGUAGACAUGGCCUUAAUAUUGCAGAGGAAUGUCUUCAGGGGUUGUAUAUGCAAGUAGGGGAGCAAUCUAAAUGGAUUCAGGAUAUAUUGAUACCCUGACAACUUAUCUGGUCCUUGGAUAGUACAGUGCCUAGGGCAGAAGGGCCUUUCUGAAGGGGAAGAUCUAUGCUUGUCAGUUGUCACUUUAGAGCUUGCCACUUUAGAGGCAGGAGAGAACUCUGAGAAGUGCUUACAAACAUUGCAAUUGUUAUAACAUGCUGUGUGCAUAGCAUGUUGAUCUACUAACCAGCAUAUCUAUCCAAAUACUAAAUAUAUACAUGGGGGCCGGAUCUACUGAAAUGGCCAAAGCGCACAGGUCAGAGGUUGGUGUGGAAAGGAGGCCUGAUUGUAGUGCUGUAUGACUUUCUAUCCCCUAGCCCUCUGUGUUAGAGCAGACCUCAAACUGCUCUAACAAACUUGAGCCUUGUUGCAGUGUCCACAAGAGACCAAAAACCAAGCCCAGAAUCAUCAGCCAUAUUCCCUUUUCUCCGGCCACAGCCCUCCAUCAACACUACACUACCUCAGAAUCAUCCCUACGCUCAAGUGAUCCUUCUGGGCCAAGUAAGCCACCCUCAUGGGAGGCUUAUGCUGGCAGUGCAGGCAAAGAAGCCCCCUCAGUCCUGAAGAUUUGGCCCAUUGUUUGUGGACUUAAGCCCACAUACUGUCAGCUCCCUUAGUGGAAAUUCCCGCCUAUUAGAAGAAAUGUCUGUUCUCCAAACCCAUUUGUACUGACUCAAUACAAAUGUGGUCUCUUAGGAAACAGUUUACUGAUUGAUAUUAUUUGCCAUCUGAAAAACUCUUUUCCGGGGUCAAGCUGACCUUGAUGUCAGUGGAGUCUGUGCUAUUUCUAAUAUUGACUUUGAAAUACAGCCAGCAGGAGAAAGCAGAACUUGCUGUGAAUUUUCAGUACGCACAAUUAUGUGGGUUUUAUAAUUAAAAUGAGUGUUCUGUAGCUUGAGGGCCUUUUGCUGUCAAUUUUCUACAUUUGUAUGGCUGACUUGUAACAUGGGCAAAGGGGGGUCUCUAAGUGCAACAGAUGCUAUAACUAGAGAAUUGUUUCUAUGCUUUUCAGUCUAGCUGUGUGUAUUUUUAUUUACAAUUACUGCAUGGGAAACUGUCUCAUAUUGAAACCCUAGCUAAUUUUUUGGUAAUAUAGAAUGCAUUAAACACAUCAUCUCAGGCGAUUUAUUGUAAUUAUACUGGUUAGAGUGGUAAGGGGGAAGUCUUGCUUGCUUGUAAAACAACAACAUUGCGGUAAAGAAAGAGAUGGCAGCUAGUGGACGUAUCUGCCUCAACAGCCAUAAAACAUCUUUUCCAUCCUAUGGACAAUGUGUCAGUCCUAUGCAGAUAUCCCGUUUGCCUCUUUUGAGCACGGUUUCUGUAUAAUGCAUCUUUGGAUAGUAUAAUGGUUUGCACUCUUUAAUAAAUAAAUGAUUGACCAUCUGUUUUAAA